AUGAAGUACGUCCAGCUCGGAAACAGCGGGCUCCGCGUGUCCCAAAUCGCCGUAGGAUGCAUGAGUUACGGCAGCCCUAAAGGCCGAUACGCCUGGGCCGUCCCCGAAGAAGAAGCCCUGCCCAUCCUUGAGCACUGCUACAACUCCGGUCUCAACUUCUACGACACCGCGAACAUGUACUCGAACGGCGAGUCCGAGGAGAUCCUGGGCAAGGCGAUCAAGAAGUACAACUGGCGGCGCGAGAACCUGGUCAUCGCGACGAAGGUCUGGGCGCCUGUCGGUCGGGGGGAUGAGCAACCCCUCGCCAUGACUGAGGAGGAAAGAGAUGCGAACGGGUGGUUGAACAGGUAUGGUCUCAGCCGGAAACAUAUCUUCGAUAGUAUCGACGAGAGUCUGCGACGGCUGGAUCUAGAGUAUGUCGACUUGCUCCAGAUUCACCGGUUCGAUCCGCACACGCCUGUUAAGGAGACGAUGGAGGCACUGCAUGACGUCGUUAAAUCUGGAAAAGUGCGGUAUAUAGGCGCCUCGUCUAUGCGGGCGCACCAGCUGCUGGAGUAUCAAUAUACGGCGCGGAUGAACGGGUGGACGGAGUUCAUCACGAUGCAAAACCUGCAUAACGCUGUAUACCGCGAGGAGGAGAGGGAGAUGUACCCAGCGUGUCAGAAGUUCGGGAUGGGGACCAUCCCGUGGAGUCCUGUUUCUAUGGGGUUCCUGACUCGGCCGUGGAAGACCUUCACUGAUACCACGCGUGGACAAGUCCAGGAUAUGAAGUUUCACGGUGUCCCCUAUACAGAGACAGAUAAGAGAAUCAACGAGAAGAUCGAGGAGAUUGCAAAGAAACAUGGGGUGUCGAUGGCGAUUAUUGCGCUCUCAUGGUCUAUGUCGAAGCCCUUCAUUACGGCACCGAUUAUUGGAAUGAGCAAGAAAGAGAGGGUGGACGAGGCUAUCCAGGCGACUCAGUUCAAGCUCAGCGAGGACGACGUGAAGAGCAUUGAUGAGCUGUACGCGCCAAAGCAGAUUAUCGGGCAUCAGUAG